AUGUUAUUUGAAUCUAUUAUUUAUGCUAUUAUAUUUUCUUUAUGUUUUGCUGAUUUCGAUGAAACACUUAUCUAUUGUAAAACUGCACCACCUAAAUUAAUUAAUGGAUUAAUAAAACGUGAUCGAGUAUCAUAUUAUAAAGGGCAAGGUUAUUUAGGUAGUAUGGAAUAUAUGUGUUUACCAGGUUUUAAUCUUAAUGGAAAUAAAAUUGUUACAUGUCAUAAUGGAGUAUGGUCAACAAUGACUCAAUGCAUUCCUAAAAGACGAUGUUCACCGAUUAAAUCUUAUCCAUUAAAUACUGUCGUUGGAUUAACUAAUAUUAGUUUUUUUCAAAAUGAUCCUCAACAAAUUGUUGUUGGUUCAACUGUUACAUUACGUUGUAUAGAUAAUUAUGAAUUUGAUCCAACAUCAAAUGGAUCUCUUAUUAUUCAAUGUCAAAAUGAUGGUACUUGGACAACAAUGCCUAGAUGUCGAGAUGCACAAGCAAUGUGUGAUUAUACGAAAUUAUAUUUACCAUCUCGUUCACGUAUUACUCGGAUGAAUUUUAAAUUUUCGGAAAAUAAUCGACAAUUUCAUAUGGUUGGCAGUAAUCUUGAAUAUACGUGUGAAGAAGGAUAUCGAUUAAAUGAUGGUACAACAUCUCUUAUAGUCGAAUGUUUAAGUUCUGGUUUAUGGUCUUCAUUACCAGUUUGUG